AGAUUCGAACUCAGUUGUAUUUCGAGAGCCGGAGCUUAGACAUGUGGCUGCUGCGCGGAGCUUUCUUUUGUGGUCUUCUGACCACUGCAUGGGCCUUUGGAGAUGAAGCAAUCUUCGAGGAAGAGGACAUCUACAACCAGGCGCUGCCACCUGUUCCCCACACCGGCAUCACGGUGCCCGGAACCAAGUGGUGCGGACCGGGCAACACGGCGGCCAACUUCGAGGAUUUGGGCCGGGAGCGAGAGACGGACAAGUGCUGUCGGGCUCACGACCAUUGCGACGAGAUCAUCGAGUCCCAUUCUGCACUCCACGGACUGCCGGCCAACACGGACUGGUUUCCCAUCCUCAAGUGCACCUGCGAGCAGCAGUUUAUCAACUGUCUGCAGGCGGUGAACAGCCUCACCUCCAACACACUGGGUCGGAUCUACUAUGGCAGCCGGAGCAAGUGCUUCGCCAACGGAUAUCCCACCACCGAGUGCAAGCAGUACCAGGAGGGCACGUUCCGAAAGCGUUGCAUCCGCUAUCAGGUGGACAAGAGCAAGGCCAAGAUUUGGCAGUUCUACGACAUGCCGUUCUUCACGCUCCCGGCGACGAAAGGCUGACCCCAAAACGAAGAUUUGUAAACAUUUCCUUUGACUUAUUAAAGUUUGGUAGGACUAUAGGAAUAACCCAAUAAUUUGUUGCUUUUAAAAACAUAGAAAAUCACAGAAUACAAACGUAAUUUCAAGAUCAAUGCUACUAUAAUUAAUAAGGUAUUGAAAUAAAGUCCGAAUGUAAAGCAAUCCCAAAGUGGACGUAUAAUAUUUUAUAAGUGAAGUAUUGUAAAACAUAUAAUUUUCCUAAGAAAGUUUAUUUCUUAGGAUGCGCUUAAAAACAUUUUCAAUACAAUUUCGAAAAAUA